CUACAUUAUGUCAGGAGACAGUGACUGCACCAGGACAAGUCCAUCAGCGGGUUCUCCGUCGGACAACGAGUUCUUGCCAGAUCGGCCAAAGUAUGUUUGCUCGCUGUCUCCUGAUCUCAUUACCAAAGCCCGGGAGGAGCUCCAAGAGAAACCUGAAUGGAGGCUCCGUGAUGUGCAGGCGCUCCGAGAUAUGGUGUGCAAAGACUAUCCCUCCCUGGGGACCUGCCUGGACGAUGCUUUUUUGCUAAGAUUCCUCAGAGCCAGGAAAUUCGAUUACGAUCGAGCGCUUCAGCUGCUGGUGAACUACCACACCUGUAGGAGGAGCUGGCCCGAGGUCUUCAAUAACUUGAAACCAUCCGCAAUAAAGCCUGUGCUGGAGUCUGGUUUUGUCACGGUGCUGCCUCGCCGGGACCCCGAGGGACGCCACGUUGUCUGCAUCCGUCCAGACAGAUGGACACCCAGUAAUUAUCCGAUUACUGAGAACAUUCGUGCCAUAUACUUAACGUUAGAAAAACUCAUUCAGUCCGAAGAGACCCAGGUGAAUGGAAUUGUAAUCCUGGCAGACUACAAAGGAGUCAGCUUAUCUAAGGCGUCUCAUUUUGGUCCUUUUGUAGCCAAAAAAGUGAUUGGCAUUCUUCAGGAUGGAUUCCCCAUUCGAAUAAAAGCUGUUAACAUAAUCAAUGAGCCUCGUAUAUUCAAAGGCAUUUUUGCAAUCAUCAAGCCUUUUCUGAAGGAAAAGAUAGCAAACCGGUUUUUUCUUCAUGGCUGUGAUCUGAAUUCCCUUCAUCAAAACAUUCCUCCCAUGAUCCUUCCUGAAGAGUAUGGUGGUACUUCAGGGAAGCUGGACAUCUCUGCGUGGAACGAGCUGCUGCUGGCCUCUGAGGAGGACUUUCUGCAUGAUUUCUCCCAGCUGGUUCUCCCAUGUGACAGCUCUCCCCAUGACAUGCUAGUGAGUGGGGAUGCUGAUGAAAAGCAAUGUGAUGAUUCUCUGAGAGGCAUGAAACCUCAGCUCUAUUACUGCUAUUAACAAACCAGUGAAGGGAAGCUUUCCUGCACAGUUAAGAUCUAUUCUGACAGGUGAUGUUGUGAACUCUGCCUUACUCCUAAACCUGCAGUUUAGGAACAGACCAAGGCACUUUACACUGUAGAACCAAAGGAAGAUGAAGAGGGCACGAUGGGGGCAGGGCAGAGUUUGCA